CCCAAGUAAACAAAUCCCACGCCGCAUAAGGAACCAGGCGCCAGCCAACAAAGACCUAACAACCUCUCUGUUUCCAAAUCUCAUUUUACACCCAAAAACAAAUAUAAAAUAAACUGUUUAAGAAGUUGUAUUAGUAGGAGGAGCAUUAUAUUGACCAAUUUGGUCGGUGCUUUUCCUCCAAGAAACUUCUCCAAUUAGAAUAUUCGUUGCAAAGAAUUACUUAUUCAGAGUCCCAUUUUCAAAUUUGUUUUGCAAUUUUGUUGCUGUCCUCCUGAAAAAAUAAUGAGUCGCUGUUUUACAUGUUAGCCGAGUUAGGGUUUUGAGCAAUUGGUUUUAAUUUCGGGGACCCUAAAAAUGGAGGUUGCUGGAUCUAGAAGGAAGUCGUUUGACCAAACCGAGAUUAACUGGGACAAGCUUGAUAAGAGUAAGUUCUAUGUCGUAGGAGCUGGGAUAUUUACAGGGCUUACUGUUGCGCUCUACCCCAUUUCCGUUAUCAAAACUAGAAUGCAGGUUGCAACCAAUACUGCUGCAAAAGACAAUGCAUUUUCUGUUGUUAGGGGCAUAUUGCGAAACGAUGGUGUUCCCGGUUUAUAUAGAGGUUUUGGAACUGUCAUUACUGGGGCAAUUCCCGCCAGGAUUAUAUUUCUCACAGCACUAGAGACCACUAAGGUGGCUGCCUUUAAGAUGGUUGAACCAUUCAAAUUAUCAGAACCUGUACAGGCAGCUAUAGCAAAUGGCGUUGCUGGCAUGCUGGCGUCUCUUUGUUCACAAUCUGUCUUUGUUCCAAUUGACAUAGUUAGUCAAAGGUUAAUGGUGCAAGGAUACUCAGGCCACGCAAGCUACAACGGAGGCUUGGAUGUUGCUCGCAAAGUUCUGAAGUCAGAAGGUGUUCGUGGACUAUACAGAGGAUUUGGUCUAUCUGUUAUAACAUACUCCCCAUCCAGUGCUGUAUGGUGGGCAAGUUAUGGUUCGAGCCAGCGCUUCAUAUGGAGCAGGCUCUUGGAUAAUGGAACUGAGCAUGGUGGGCCUGCUCCCAGCCAGGGGAAAAUAGUGGCAGUUCAAGCUGCUGGUGGGAUCAUUGCGGGUGCUACUGCAUCUUGCAUAACAACUCCAUUGGACACCAUUAAAACUCGAUUGCAGGUGAUGGGACACGACAAGAGGCCUACUGCACGACAAGUAGUGAAGCAGUUAAUUGCUGAGGAUGGUUGGACAGGAUUUUAUAGGGGAUUAGGUCCAAGAUUUGUCAGCAUGUCAGCAUGGGGAACCUCCAUGAUACUUGCCUAUGAAUAUCUCAAACGCUUGUGUGCGGUAAAUGAAUAGGUUGAUAGAGCUAGCUGCCAGACGACUCUUCAUGCGGUAGGGUUUUUCUUAUAUUACUGCCAUACAGUAUUGGAGCUGAAGAUAUCAAGACCGUGCUAACUCUGCUGAUUAGUUGUCCGUAUAGAUGACAGUGAUACAUAAGUUGACUUGGAAUCCAAGUAUCUGGCCUACCACAAUUGAUUUUCUUUGGUAUUUACUCACAGUAUUCUUAAACGAUUUUUGCCGGAUAAAUGCAAUAUUCAUUGAUUGUAAUCAGUCACUACAAGGAGGAUGAAGAAUAUAUUCUUAAAUGAUUUUUGCCAGAUAAAUGUAAUAUUCAUCUAUAUGCAUAGAUGAAUUCUUGAUCAAAUGUAAGUUCAUGUCAAUGCAACUCUUGUUUUGAAGCCUUUAUAUUCUU